AUGGCUGCACUCAUGAAUGUAGAUGGGGGUGAAUCUGGCCUUCACCCUGUAACUGAUGAGUCCCAGAUCCCUAGCUCAGGCUCCCAAUUCAGUGAAAAAUGUGAUAGCAUCUCCCAUGAAAGUGAGCAGGGGGAGAGAACCAUUGAUGGGGUCAAGUGGAUAUUGGUUGUGAUUGCCAUCUUGUCUAGCCAUUUGCUCUUUGCCCUCGACAACACUAUUGUGGCCAACAUCCAGGCUGCUAUUCUCAUGGAAUUUGACGAUGCUGAGCAGAUCUCAUGGCUCUCUGUUGGCUUCACUCUCUGUUCGUGUGCUUUGUGUCUUCCCUGGUCUAAGGCCUACGCAACAUACAACAUAAAAUGGCUGUAUAUCAGCUGCGUCGUUAUCUUCAUGGCAGGCUCUGCUUUGUGUGGAGCUGCUCCCAACAUGAACGCCAUGAUUGUCGGCAGAGCCAUAGCCGGUGCUGGAGGCAGUGGCAUGUAUUUUGGGGUUUUAACUCAACUGUCCAUGAACACAACCGUACCUGAGCGUCCUUUCUAUAUUGGACUGACCGCUGUCUCAUGGGGUAUUGGAACGGUCAUUGGUCCAGCAAUUGGAGGAGCAUUCGCCGAGAGCUCCGCCACUUGGCGUUGGGCAUUCUAUAUUAACCUCGUCAUUGGUGCAGUUUUCGCUCCAGUCUAUAUCCUCCUUCUUCCUUCAAUCAACCCCCUUCCAAACGCCUCCCAGAAGGAGAAGGCGCGGAACAUUGACUGGGUUGGCAGCAUCCUCUUCAUUGGCUCUUUGGCUUCUUUGAUUAUGGGCAUUGACUUUGGAGGUGUGGAGUGGGCUUGGGGCAGCGGCUCGUCAAUUGCACUCUUUGUCGUAUCUGGCAUACUCUUUAUUUUGUUCGGAGUACAACAGACCUUCUACAUCUUCUGUAAUGAGCAGAACCGACUCUUUCCGAUCCACUUCAUCAAAAGACGCUCUUUGGUACUGUUGUUCAUUCUCAACACAUGUGCCAGCAGUGGACUGUUUAUCUCGGUUUACUAUAUUCCAUUGUAUUUCCAGUUCACUCAGGGUGAUACUGCACUCUACUCAUCACUACGCAUUUUGCCUUUUGUGAUGGUUCUGAUCUUUAUCAUCAUUGCAAAUGGCCACAUGAUGACUAGAUUUGGCUACUAUUUCCCGUGGUAUCUUUUUGGCUCCGCCUGUGAGCUUGCUGCCGCUGUUUUGAUGUAUCUUGUCAAGCCGGAUACUUCCGCCUCUGCGAUCUAUGGAUACACAUCUCUCAUGGCCUUGGGCGUUGGUUCCUUCAAUCAGGCAGGCUACAGUGUAGUACAGGCAAAAGUGCCCAGGGCUGAGAUUCCAUGGGCCCUGGGCUUCAUGAUGGUUUCCCAACUAGGAGGCAUUGUAUUAGGCUUGGGUGUUGCAGGUGCCAUAUUCGUCAACGUUGGAACAAAUAAUCUUUUACAUUUGCUCCCUGAUGCCGACCCCACUGACGUUAAAAACGUCAUCGCGGGAACUAGUAGUGGAUUUUUCGAGAGUUUGACACAGUCUCAACAGACUGCUGCUCUUGAAAUCAUUGUUGAUGCCAUUGAUGAUGUCUAUACCCUUUUGAUCGUUGCUGGUGGACUUGGUGUUCUCUUAUCUAUCUUCUUGAAGCGGGAGAGACUGUUCAUGGAGGCAACAGCCGGUGGUGCUUAG